AUAUGACGGCUCCAGUGCGAUGACGCCACACGCUGGAGACGCUCAACCCGGAAGUGCCCUUGGUCUCCCACGGUGUGGCUUGUUUACAUUCUCUGCAGCUCGUCCAAAAUGAAUACUCCCGUCAUCAACUCGACGAGUUCUGUGUCCACAACACGACGGAAGCGAGAGGCUGAGCGCUCGGUCAACUGGACGGUGGAGGAGACUCAGGUGCUGCUGUGCGCCUGGAGCGAUGAGCGAGUCCAGAAGAGUCUGUCGGAAAACCUGCGCAACCGCCAUGUCUUCAAACACCUUUCGGCCCGCAUGAGCGACAUGGGCUUCUGCCGCAGUCCUCACCAGUGCCGACUGCGCGUGAAAACGCUGAAGGCCAACUACGUGAGGGCCAAGCUGCAGAGGAGCGUGGACAGCUCCCAGCUCUGCAACUUUAAAUACUUUGACGAGAUGGAUGCGGUGCUGGGAAGGAGGUCCGACGGAGCGGGAGGCGGGCCUCCUCGGAGCUCUUUUGGCGGUCAUCAUCUCAGCCCUCCAGGGAUCACCGGAAGGGAACAUUUGAGCUCGUCUGAGGAGAAAGGAGGCCGGCAGCCGUGGCGGCUGGACUUCCAAGUCAAGCUGGAGAACGAAGACGAUUCCGAGUUCAGUGACGCAGGGUUCACGCAAGAACUCGGAGAGAGGCGACCAGACGUUUGUUUAGGGUCAAGCGUCCAUUCUGUGCCUGCCGCUUCAACUGUGGACAUUGUGAGAUCUCCCUCCUGCCACAUGGUUCCGCCUCCGCCCACCCCGCCUGAAGCGUCCUUGCCGUUCCCCUCACCCGAGGGUCCGACGACACCCAAUGUCCUCCCUGCCGAAGCCGGCCGACUGGAACCGGUCCUCCAGCACCUGUCACAGUGCUGCCAGCAGCUGGUGUCGGAGACCCGAGGCCUACUGGCGCAGCUGGAGAAGCAGAGGCAGGAGCAGGCCCGCUGGCACCAGGACCUGCUGAACCAGUGGAUGCACCGGGAGGAGCAGCGGCAGAGGGAGGCGGCCGAGAGGGAGGAGCGGCGGGAGAAGGCCCACAUGGAGCAUCAGAUCAGGGUUCUGGAGCUCCUCACCAGCUUGGCCCGAGAACAAGGCUGCAGAUGUGGAGGCGGCAGAACCGCAGCUGAGGCGCCAAAUGUACCAAAUCACACAUUGAACAAGGAUGGAGAUUAGGGCCCUGUCAACACGGCAAUGUUACUGAGAUUGGUUUUUUUUGGCGGGUUGAAAAAAAAGUCUCAUCCAUACUGUGCCUGAUUAGUAAAUAGUUGCAUCCAGACGGGAACGGAUCACUGAGUGAAAACGAUGUAAUACACAAGCACAACUACGUGUUGCGCUGUGAACACACACGUGGGCGGAACUACGUGACACAGCGAACCAUACAAGAGGAAAGAACGCAUGCGCAUAAGUCCGUUGCGUUCUGCUUUUCAAAAUUUACGAGAAGUGGAAUUACAGUACUUCUGUGAGUCAUUAUGGACUAUAAGACAACGAAAUGGGAGGAGAACGUCGACCGGGGUGAGUCAUGUCCGUCGAAAUAUUCAGAUAUUAUGUCGCUUUGUCGUCAAAUCUCACUUUUUGUCACGUGAUGGCGACGAUGCGGUGGUGAGUUGGUGACGUCAUUGUUUUCAUAUUGCCUGUAUACAAGGCAACGACAAGUCGUUGUUCUCAGAUUUUCCCACUCUGGAAGCCGUUUGCAAAAAAUAUCAUUUCAGGUCACCCAGAACGCCAUUCCCGUGACGCUGAAACAAUAAAACGCUUUGCCGUUUUGACCUGAAAACGUUUCCGUGUGGAUAGCCCCUAAGAUGCUCCACUCCUCACAGAUUUUCAUGAACCAGACUUUAAGGUGAAGAUGGACAUGGAUUGGUGUACUGCUUGAAUUGUUUCAGAUGACCUUGUGGAACUCUGGAUGUGCGUGGCGAUAAUGACACAUGAAAUCUUUAAUCUCUCUUCAUUGUCUCACAUGUAAACACUUUAAACAUUAAAAAAAGUGCUGAUCUCAGUUCUGUUCUUGUGUUUUGUUGCCUUGAUCACACCUGAAAUUUGGCCCCCUUGCAACUAUUAACAUGCAACAUAACGUCCAUGCAUUCAGUCAACAGGUGACAAGCGUUGAAGCCUUGGUGGAGGUCUGUGUUCCUUCACACUUAUUGUUGCAUGUGUGUGUGAUGUGGACCGGUUCAGACUGGACAACUAUUUGUUGUGUCUGGCGGUGGUGUUUGUGGUGUCCCGCGUAGAGAUUGCAGUCCUGACCUCUGAAUCAUCUUCCCCAUCAUUCCAGCAAGAUGGAUUUACGGAAAAAUUUAAAUCUGCGCUGCUAAUCCCAGAUUACGUAACACUGGCUGGUGAGAUUAUGAAUGAGAUGUGUUCAAGUCACAUGUCUUUGUUUUUUUCAUUUUUAACAACAAAUCUACAGUAGGACUGCUCCAGUCCAAGCCGUUCUUAAAAUACUGGAAACAGAAAUGGUCUGUUCCAGGGUCAAGCUGUGGCCAUCAUAAAUGCUUUAUUAUGUUGGUGGAGUUUGACAUUCAUCCAGGUCAUUGUAUUCUCAGGGCAUUGAAUCAAUCGCAGAUGGACUGUUCAGGCAGUCUUAGACGAGACGUUUUACCUCUCGCCCCAUUUUAUGCCCAAACACUAGAUAGGACAUCUUUAGUUUUUUCUGACCAGUUCAUGCUUAA